GGUCGCUCGCUGCUUCUUCUCCAGUUAAAUCGCCGCCGUCUCCAGUCUGAGUGUGCAGCCCCGCGGACUGACUCAUCUGUUUUUCCACCCAAUAUUUCUCCGUUCAGGAAUACAAACGUGAUGCUUCACUGCGACCGGCCACUUAGAGAGGAGCGAGAGGACCAGUGGUGACGCCUUCACAUCCCCUUCAGCCGUUUCAAAAGGAGUAUAUUCACAUUUUUUUCUGUUUCUCUCUCUUCCUGGAGAAGAAGACCGUAUUUUGGGGGAGUUUUUUUUUUUCUUUUCUUUUGAUGUUGUUGCGAACUCCGGUAAUGCCGAACCGCUUCGAAAAACAGGUCCACUAGCAUUUCAGUCUCCAUGCUGGAACGGAAGCUCUUUUUCCUGUGUGGUGGUGUUGUCAGGUCGGUGAGCUGAAUGGCUCGUUUUUCACCCUAACUCCAUGUAAGCCUUUCUUCCCUCCUUCCCACCCUCCGUUUUUUUUUUUUUUUUUUUUUUGGUUGUUUUUCUUGCGGCUCUCUGCUGCUGGAUAUAACCGCGGUCACUGCGCAGGAAUUCGGCGUAAAUGGAGCGCCAGUCCAGUUUCAUUUCCAUCUGGCUCCAACUGGAACUCUGUGCCAUGGCGGUUCUUCUGACCAAAGGAGAGAUCAGGUGCUACUGUGACGCGCCGCACUGCGUGGCCACUGGCUACAUGUGCAAGUCUGAGCUGAACGCCUGCUUCACCAAGGUCCUGGACCCGCUCAGCGCCAACUCGCCCCUCACCCACGGCUGCCUGGCCCCCGUCUCCGGCGCCGCGGACGCCUGCAGUGGCGGCCGCCGUGCCGCCGACCCCCUCGGCGGGGCACUGACGUUGGAGUGUUGCCACGACGACAUGUGCAACUACAGGGGCCUGCAAGACCUGACGCACACCAGGGACUCGACAGAGAGCCGUUACCCCGCCGACGGCAACCGGAACCUGGUGACGCGCGUGCAGGAGCUGGCCUCGGCCAAGGAGGUGUGGUUCCGGGCGGCGGUGAUCGCCGUGCCCAUCGCCGGCGGCCUCAUCCUGGUGCUGCUCAUCAUGCUGGCGCUGCGGAUGCUGCGCAGCGAGAACAAGCGGCUGCAGGACCAGCGGCAGCAGAUGCUGUCGCGCCUCCACUACAGCUUCCACGGCCACCACACUAAGAAGGGCCACGUGGCCAAGUUGGACCUGGAGUGCAUGGUGCCGGUGUCGGGGCACGAGAACUGCUGCCUGACCUGCGACAAGAUGCGGCAGGCCGAGCCGGGCGGCGGCGGCGACAAGAUCCUGUCGCUAGUGCACUGGGGGAUGUACAGCGGCCACGGCAAGCUGGAGUUCGUCUGACUGCCUCUAAAAGGACAUUCCUUUGUUUUGCUAAAACGAUGCGGGACUGAGUUCAUGCCGCGUGUUUUUGUUGUUUUUUUGCUAGAGGAGCACUUUACUUGAAAAUGAAAAGGCAGAUCUGUAUUUAAACUUGAGAGGGGCUCGCUGAGGAUCCUGGACUUUCUACACUGAAAUGCUGAAGGAUUCCAAAAUUUUUUGUCUUAUUUGCACAUUUGUUGUUGUUUCUUUCUAUCUUUUUUUUUUCAAUAAAAAAAAAAAAAAUCAAAAAACAAAACAAGAUUUUUACACUGACACCAGGGUACAAGAAAAGGACUGAUUGAGGAGGAGGAGAGAGAGAGAGAGAGGUCGCGGUGCUUUUGGACUGUAGGUGUGCACACUCCUCUGGAUGUUUCAUGAUUCAAGCUUAUUGUAAAGAUUUAAAUAUAUCUAUAUAUAUUUUUGUCUGAGAAAACUGACCGGUGUGCGUCUUCUUCGGAGUGAAUGUUCCAACUUCUUUCUGUGAUCAGACUAAAAGCUUGAUUUUAAAUGUGUGUGUGUGUGUGUGUGUGGAGGGGUGUGCAUGUGUGUGUGUGAAAGAACUUCAAUUAAAGUGACUUUUUAUUUAAA